AAUCUAAUAUUGACUAAUUUAUUGAUUAGAGCUUGUGUUAUCAGUGGCUUCUGUUUUACAAUUUUUCCUCUUGCAAUUGGAUCGUAUAUCUCCAAUUAAAGUGCGAGCUUGAAGAUGGCUUUUGACUUUAUCGUGGGUGCAUACAAAAUCUGGAGAACGCAUUCAGGCUUCACAGAAAUAGUGACACAAAUGGAGGAGGACUCAUUCUUCACGGAGAAGCAAUCAAUUCGAGAAUCAGCGAGAUCUCUCAAGAAAUACGGCAGCACAUGCAAUCACGUGAGAAAUACUGAUGUUCUAGUUCGGCAUGAGGUGGAGAAAACUGAUACAUUGCAGGGAAUUGCCCUGAAAUAUGGCUGCUCGACCGAACAGAUUCGUAGGGCUAAUCGCCUGUAUGCCUCGGACAGCCUGUUCCUGCGGCAGUACUUAAUGGUGCCUGUGGACAGGAAUUCUCCGUAUGCACCCAAAGAUGAACGCCCUCACUCCCUGCCUCCCCAGAGAGCCACUUCCUUUGCCGGCAGUUGCUCCUCCGAUCCCAAUGCAAACACCACACGAUCCCUGGAUCAUAUGCCCCUCUCGCCGGACGAGGAGAAUCGACGGAGUGUCGAUGAGUUCCUGGGAAAAAUCGACAGCACCAUUGCCGAGUCCCGGAAAUACGUCAAAAAGUCCCAAAAUAGUAUUGAUUUCCUGUCUCCGGACUGUGUCGAUGGUGAUGGAAUAUUUUCGCCCACGAGUAAGAGGUCAAAUUCAACGUCCUACUCUGGGCAUCCGUGUUCCUCAUCGCAUCACAGAAACAGCUCAUCGGGCAGUGAUUCGAGUCAUUUGAUUGUCAUGACGCAGGGACGCCAUGUGCAGAAUUCUCUGCAGCGAUUGGAACGGCAGCAAGAUGAGCUGUUCGAGUUGUAGCAUUCGGUGAAUGCUCUGCCUAAAUUCUACUACAAGCUCUACUGCAUCAAUUUGCCCAAUUUACGUGGACAGGUCAGUCGGAUGCUGCGAAAUGGGAGCGAUGAGAACAAAUGUCUGGUGAAGAGAGCACAAUUCUGAACAGAGAUUUCGACUUCUGAAGAAAACAGUGAAGUCUACGAGGACCGAAAACCAAAAGGUAAUUUAUAUUGAAAGGAAAAACAUAUCCUCCCAGCGACAAUUUUGUUACAAUAAAAUAGAAAAAAAAGAAGAGAAAGGACAAAGUCGAUUGGAAGAAAGCGACAAGUUAACCCUCCAAAUAUAUUAAAUGUUAAUUAAAGCAAAUCAAUAUUUUAAUCACGGGCUCCCAUUUCUCAGCAAAACCUUAACAACAACAAAACUAACACAAUAUCGAUUUAUUUUGAUAUGCAAUCCCACUUUUUGACUACAUAAAAUCCCUUUAUAAAUAAAAUUCACAAUUUUUUUUUGCCAUGGAGAAAUGCUAAAAAGGAUAAAUAUAGAGAGAAAAAAAUAUGCAAAUGAGAGUAAAUUUUCUUAAAGCGAAACAUUCUUCUUUUUUUUUGCUUUCUCUCUCCUUGAGAGACUUUUUUUUGGGUAUAGAAAAAAUUGCCUUAUUGAAUGAAUUAAAUUAUAUAAAAAAAAGAACUUUGAAAAGCGACGUAAAACACUCUUAAAAAAUUGUUUUUUGCGCAUUAAAAUUUUGUAAAAUAUUAUAUAUAUUUUUUUUAAAGUAGAGCGAGAGAAUUUAUGAAAAUUGUAAGACUUUACUUUUUCCCUUAUUCCAUUUCCACGCUGUAAUAUUAGAUUAAUAAAUAUUUGAUGUGAAAUAUUGUUAUAAGUUUUGAAAGAGAAAGAAGAGAAAUAAAGAAAAAAAAAUUAUUGAAUCACA